AUGGAUACACAUUCAUUCAUCACCUCCGCGUUCCGAUGGCCGUCAAGUCGCCGGAAGGUCUAUCUUCGUCGGCGUAAGCCGCAAGUUGUACGUCUUGGCGGAAGAAACAGUGGGCCACGUGGGAGAUUCUCGCUCAAGAGGGUGGCGCGAAAGAUGAAGUUCAAGUGGCUGAGACUGUACUAUGUCAAGCUCGUGAAGAUGAUCAAAGGGUAUUAUCGUAACGUGGCGCAGGAGUUUGCUGACGCCGGAGCUGCAACUAUCCAGCAGCGGAUGACGGUGGAAACGGCUGCUUUCGCCGCUCCGGGCUUGGGGCUAUCUUUCUGUCCCGUGUCUGGUCAACGUUUUUUUCUUGUUUAG